AUGGCGCCAGUAAACGUGAUGAUGGCUCAAGGCCGCCCAUUGCUUUCCCUGCUGGCUUUCAACGCUUUCGCCUCCGUUGCUUGGUCCAGUCCUUCGUCGCUGCGCGGUGCACCAGCCGUCGGCAGCACAGACAGUGCCACCGCCACUUUGCCAGGGCCCAAUGGCACGAACGUGUCUGCGAUCCCCAUGGAUGGGAUGGAUGGGAUGGCAAGUGACAUGCCGCCAUUCAGCCCUCUGCGCGCAAUUGCAUACGGGGCUUUGCCCUGUGUUUCUCCCAGUGCUGAGCAGUGGGCGCAGGACCUGCAAUCCUGCAGCUACUACGGCCUACCAUCAGAGGAUAUGCUUCAGGAGGGCUACGCCAUGCAGUGGGGAGCAAAGGGCCGCAAUGACCUUGGGCGUAUGAAGGGUCUGGGAGCCAACGCCGUGCGCCUCUACCACUCCCUGGGCCUGGAGUCGAAGGGAAGCCACAAGGGAUUCCUCGAUCGCGCGCACGAGCUGAAGCUCAAUGUGAUGCCGGGUUUCCACAGCUCAGAGCCGAGCCUGUGCGACGACUUCGACUGCUUCGAGUUCUGGAAAGAUGCUACGCUGAAAGGCUUCGAACAAGGCUUUGCUGCCAACGGCAAGUGGCAUCCAGCUGUGUCAGCCCUGAUCCUCAUGAACGAGCCCGACUUCUUCGAGCACGACCCACUGUGCAAGGGGCGAGGUGCAGUCUGCCGCGUGAAGGCUGUGGUCUCGGCCUUGGAUGGCCUUUUGGCCGCCGAGGAGCUGGCAGGGGUAGAGCCCGGGCGCGUGCACCUCACCGUGACCUGGUCUUUCGCCAUGCGGACCUCCAUCGAUGACGUGGUGCAGGGUCCUGGCACUUUCGGCUUUCAGGACAUGGUGGCCGUCAUGAAGGACCCGAGCCUGGUGGACUACACACCGCGAACACCCCUGCCCAGGCUACAGUCUGCCUUCGAGAAGAGGUGGGUGCACGGCUUGAACACACAGUCGCCAUGGUCCUUUGUGAGCGAGUUCGUGUCUCAGCACUACCAGAAGUACGACAACUUCGGCAACCUUCCCUGGUUCAUUGGCGAAUACGGUGCAAAUGGCCAGACUGAGGACACCAUUAUCUCGGAUUUGACGUCCCUCGAGAAGCACGCCGAAGAUGACGCGCUAUUCUUGGGUGCUGCCGUUUUCCAGUUCCAGACAGCCUACAGCAAAGGGGGCACCGAAUUGAACUUCGGACUCUACAGCCUGGGCACCAGGAAGCUGGGUAUGACAGGCGAGGUCUGCGACAGCAAGAGCCCGUGCAUGGAGUGGCCAGUCUUCUGCUUGAGUGCGGACUUGCCGUGGUUCCAGUCGAAGCCGCAGCUGGGCAAGCGGGCGACAGCGGUGGCGACCGCGUGGAACGGUGAAGCUGUGGCCGAUUCGCCCGAAUUUUGCUCAUGA